CUUUCCUUGCAGGCAGCGAGAGAGACUUGGCGGAGUGACAAUGCAAAGCUGGUAACUGGAGUUUGGAGGGUCCAACAACGAACUAGGAAAUUACAAGUGUCAUUAUCGGACACCGAAGAUUUAAACUCAUUUACUGAACAUUUAAAACAACGGGAUAAUUAAUAUUCGGACCCUUAACCAAGAUACCGGCGAUGUGUAAUUUUAUGCGAAAAUACCUGUGAGGAUCGGAGUUUAACUUUACCAUACCUCCUGUCUGUGGAUGUUUUACAUGGAUUUCUUUGCUGGAUAAGGCAGGGACCAGGCAGUACCGCCACCUUUAAUUUUUAUACAGUGUUUAUUUGCCCUAGAUUACAGUUUAAGACGAGUUUAAUUGAAGUUGCAAGUUGCAGACUCCUUGCUGUUUGGGUCUUCAGUUCAGGAUCUCCCGGAAUUAGCUGCUGAAGCACACGGAUUCUCUCCGGAGAUAAACCUGGGAUAUCUCUUGAUUUUAGCAGCUCACUAGAAGACCGAGAAUUAUCCUUAAAACUGGCCGCCAUUAUUAAUGUACACUGUGCUUUUGGAGAACAGGAGUUCAAAGCAUUGUUUUUAAUUGAACAAUUUUAAUUUCAGUUUAAUCUCAUAUACUACACAUUUCUUGGAUGUUAAUUUGCCAAAUAUUGGUUGAAGUUAGUUAGUGCAUGAUUUGAUAAUUCUGGCAGGCCCCAUGGCACUCUGACGGAUUAUUGUGGUACUGCUAAUCACAAGGACAGUGUGGAUUGUAAGCAUGGGAAAAGAACAGGAGCUCUUCCAAGCGGUGAAGCAUGGGGAUAUGCAGACUGCACAAAAGCUUCUGGCAAAGAUCAAAACCAAUCGCAACAAGCUGCUGGGCUCCACAAAGAGGCUGAAUAUCAACUACCAGGACUCCGAUGGGUUCUCAGCCCUGCACCACGCCGCCCUCACUGGCACCACUGACCUCAUCGCCCUGCUGCUGGAGGCCCAGGCCACUGUCGACAUCAAAGACAGCAAUGGAAUGAGGCCUCUGCACUAUGCUGCCUGGCAGGGCAAAGCUAACUCCGUUCACCAGCUGCUCCGUGCUGGUGCCUCCGUCAACCUUGCCUCCCAGGACGGGCAGAUCCCGCUGCACCUCGCCGCGCAGUACGGACACUACGAAGUGUCGGAGAUGCUGCUGCAGCACCAGUCCAACCCCUGCAUCGUAAAUAAGGCGCGGAAGACGCCGCUCGACCUGGCCUGCGAGUUUGGGAGGCUGAAGGUGGCUCAGCUGUUGUUGAGCAGUAACAUGUGCGUGGCCCUGCUGGAGGGAGAGAGUAAGGACAGCUCGGACUCCGGCUCCAACACUCCCCUGCACCUCGCCUCCAGGAACGGACACAAGGACAUUAUCCGGCUGCUGCUGAAGGCAGGGAUCGACAUCAACAGAACGACCAAGUCAGGGACUGCUCUGCACGAAGCAGCUCUCUACGGGAAGACGGAGGUGGUGCGUCUUCUGCUUGAUGCUGGAAUUGAUGUGAAUAUUCGCAACACCUACAGCCAGACCUCCCUGGACAUUGUGAACCAGUUCACCACCUCCCAUGCCAGCAAGGAGAUCAAGCAGCUGUUGAGAGAGGCAUCCGGACUCCUGCAGGUCAGAGCGCUGAAGGAUUACUGGAACAUCCACGACCCCACGGCCCUCAAUAUCCGAGCAGGCGACAUCAUCAUGGUUCUGGAGCAGCACAUGGAUGGCCGCUGGAAAGGACACAUCCACGACACACAGCGGGGUACGGACCAGGUCGGGUACUUCCCUCCCUCCAUUGUGGAGGUCAUCAGCAGGAGGGCAGGUGGCACCCUCUCCCGCCACUCCUCCCUGCCCAUGCAGCGCCAGCAGCACCUCUCCAGACUCCCCCUCACUACCCUGACUGCCCCCCAGACUGAUGACUCCUACCAGCUGUACGCUCCACCCCCUCACAUCGCCUUUCACCGGACAAACGGGCAUGGAGACAACACAGGAGAGCCAUUUGAGAGCCCCAGGCCCCAACACUCAGAGCCAGCCAGCCUCAGUGAGGAUAUAUGGGUCCUCAGGAGCGCAGUGAUUGCUGGCGACCGGAACAGCGUUGGCAGCACGGGCAGUGUGGGCAGCACUCGGAGCGCAGGCAGCGGGCAGAGCAUGGACGGCACCAGCGGGCAGCCAACAGGGAGCAGCACAGAGAACAGCAAGCCAGUGCCCCCUGGUGGCGAUCAAGUGCAACUGCACAGUGUGUCCUCUGACCUCUCCAAACAGCCAGACCAGCCUUCAGGGACCACCCGGCGGCAGGGCCUGUCAGGCUGCAAGUCCAGGGAGCAAAGUUACUCCCAGCAGGGCCUGUCGGGCUGCAGGUCCGGAGAGCAGGGUUACUCCCAGCAGGGCCUGUCAGGCUGCAGGUCCGGAGAGCAGGGUUACUCCCAGCAGGGCCUGUCAGGCUGCAGGUCUGGGGAGCAGAGUUACACCCAGCAGUUCAUCCGACCGGAACACCUUCUGGAGGGCAAGGAUGCCGAAGCCAUUUACCUGUGGCUGAGUGACUUCCAGCUGGAACAGUACACCGCCAGCUUCAUCAAUGCCGGAUACGACGUGCCCACCAUCAGCCGCAUGACCCCUGAGGACCUGACUGCUAUCGGAGUGACAAAGCCAGGGCAUCGAAAGAAGAUUUCCAUUGAAAUUGGGAACCUGAGUAUACCUGAGUGGCUGCCAGACUAUAUCCCGGCUGACCUAGGGGAGUGGCUCAGUGCAAUCGGCCUGUCCCAGUAUCACAAGAAGCUGUCAGAAAACGGGUACGACUCGAUAAACAUCGUCCGGGACAUCACAUGGGAGGACAUGCAGGAGAUCGGCAUCACCCAGCUCGGUCACCAGAAGAAGAUGAUGCUGGCGGUAAAGAAGCUGUGUGACAUCCAGAAGGCUCUAAACCAGGCGGAGGCAGGCACGAGGACCCUGCGGCGCAAGAUCCCUACAGCGCUGGACAUCGUCACCAUUGAGCCCAUGGAGGGCGGGGAGUGCCAGUCCCCCCACACCCCCAAAAUGCUGACAUUCCAGGACAGCGAGCUAAGCGCCGAGCUGCAGAGCGCCAUGUCCAACACCUACAGCAGCUGUCAGGACGGACUGGCCAUCAAGAACGCUGUGGCCAUGUCCUGUAGCCAGGAGAGCAUUGGGAUCCGCUCGCGGGGCUCCGGACACUCUCAGGACAACAUGCUGGCCAGGACCGCCCUCUCCAGUCGCUCCCAGGAGAGCCUGGGCAGCGGGGACAGCAGUGGCAGCAGCGGGGGCCGCUCCAGAGCAGGGACCACCCAGGAGAACCUCCGAAAUCCCACCGGCGGGACUGACGGGACCAAUGGCAGCCCUGCCAAGGAAAGGAACAUUCCAGAAGGCCGUGACCAACACCAGUGGCCUCUAGUGCUCACUAAGAACGGUGUCCCCACCUCCAGCGUCCUGGGGAAAGCCAUUCCCCUGCAGCAUUUUCAUCAGUACUCAUCUGCCCCCAUCCCGUCAGCAGCCAAACAACCCUUCACACCGCCACACAUCCCUAGCAAAGCCCCUCAGGCUUUCGUUUACCCUCCAAUCCCAGAAAAAAAUAAGCAUGCAGGCCCACUGCCUUCAACCCCCGCUCUCCCGUUUCAGCAUGUGCCCCAGUCUCUCAGGCUUGCGCCAGGGCAGUCUUCAGCACAGAAAACGUUCACCUAUCUCCACUCUCAAUGCCAUGGCAGCUUGGAAACUGAGCACAGCCCCAAUGCCAAGCCCCUGCCCGGCGCUGUGCCCAUGCCAUGCCACAGCAGCCCGGCACUGAACCCGGACUUCUUCAAGUUGAAGAAGCGCUCCCAGAGCCUCACCCGCUAUGCCAUGUCAGAUGAGGAACCUGAGGAAAACGAGAGGCCUGUGGGCAACCUGGGAUCCUAUGCUACUCUGACCAGGCGGCCUGGCCGCAGCCAGCUGGCACGGUUACCAUCCGCCCCAGACCGGAACGUAAACCGCAGCCAGUCAUUUGCCAUCCGGGCCCGCCGGAAAGGACCGCCCCCUCCUCCCCCCAAGAGACUGAGCUCUGUGACGGCUCCCCCAGAGGAGAGUGCUCCCUGCAAUCAGCCUGCAGAUCUGCCCACCAUGCCUGCAGCUCUUCCCGAUGGAGUGGAGAUGGGCAGUGCUGGCAGUGUAAGGUCUAUAGCCGCCAUGUUGGAACUUUCUGGUGCUAGCCCAGUCAAGACACCAGUAAAACAGGAAAAGGUUAUCGUCGAGAACAAGCUGGAAACAUCGAUUCCCAAGCCUCCCAGCCCGGAGAGUUCCCCCAGAAUAACCCUGAUGCCCCAACCAAAACCAGCCCUCCCCCAGACUCUGAGGGAGGGCGCUGGGUACCCCAGCCAGCGUAGAAGGACCUUCAGUGAGCCAGGGGUCUGCCAAACAGAUAAGAUGGCGCCUGAAAUGGAGGAGGUCAAAUCUGAUGCCGAGGAUGAAACAACGGUGCAAAUAAAACCAGGCCUGGACGGUUCUUCUUCGUCCCAGAACAGCUCCAGUGAGUGUAUCCCCUUCGCCGAGGAAGGCAACCUCACCAUCAAACAGAGACCCAAGGGGAAUGGGCUUCUCAAGACAGAUUCCUCCACAGAAACAGGGGAGCAGGCAGCUGGGGGACAGGGGACGAAACAGCUGGAAGUCCCAGAGUUCAACCUGACAGAGUCUGACACAGUAAAGCGAAGGCACAAGCCCAAGGAGAAAGAGGAGCAGCAGGCAGCCCCAGACGGGAAACUGGAGACCAACCACAGCGUGUCUGUGUCUCGCUCCACCGGGGCUCACACUGUGAACAUUGUCUCCACCAAGACGGGCCUGGGGCCUCAAGAGCCCGUCGCAACCAAAAGGGAUUUUGAGGACGAUGAUGACAUGGGCUUCAGGAUCGCAGAGAUCGAGAAAAGCAUUGAGUCUCUGGAAAAGGGCACAGGCAAGAUGGAGAAGCCGGGUCUGUCUCCCAAGUCCACCGGCUCCCAGGUUACCAAGCUGGCUACUGGUGCGUCCGCAGCCACUAACUCCCACCUGCACAGACCUGCAGCGGCCGCAGAUAUCCAUGAGAUCCCAGUCCAUUCUGUGACACUGAAUGUUGUCCAAAGCCUGGCUUUCACAACCACCACGCCCACCAGCCCUCGUUCCCUCUCACAGGCCCCACACUCUGGGUCCCUGAGGCCCCAGAGCAGAGCAGGAAAGUCCCCUGCCUCCUCCCCUCCUGGGCCAGGGGCACCCUAUGGCUCGGCCUUGGUUCAGCACAGACUGGAGCAGACCAGCACCUCCCUUGAGGCCGCGCUCCAGGCAGUGGAGAGGAAGCUGACACUAGAAGACAGCAGAGACUGUGGGAACAGCACAGUGAGAUCGGCCGGUAAUAUUCUCGAUGACAUCGGCAACAUGUUCGAUGACCUUGCCGAUCAGCUGGACGCCAUGUUGGACUGAGGAGAGGAGGCCUGCACUGCAGAAAGAGCAUGGGUCACAUCGCUGCUGUGAGCACGGCUCGGAUAGGACUGGCUUCUGAAAGGACCAAGCCCUUGGGUGUCUGCGACGAGUGAAGUUACAGCACUUUAAACACAGCAGUAGUACCCGGGACGCACAAAUAUACAGGGCUCUUGUUUGAGAAAUAAUCUGAUUUGCAUACAAGAGCUUGGCUUUGAUUAGCAGGACAGAAUUCUGCAGUCCAGCUUCUUUUUCAGUUUCGCCUGGCUUCAACACAAGCACUUAAAAACAACGUACUGUACAAAACUGCUUAGUAAUGCAGAUAUGAAAAGUAUUGCCAGACUGCUAAUGUAUCUAGGACCCAUGUGUUUGACAUUUUACUGAGUCCCACCUUCCUUUAGUGUAAUUUUUAAAAGCUAAUCUCGUUGUGCUUACUAAUUCAAGUUUAUACAUGGCUCUGUAAUUGCAAAAGUACAGGGAGUAAAAAGGGAGUACGGAGGCUAGGACUCUGAGCUCCUCAUAUGGUAUUCACCCUCCAGAACAGGAAGGGCCUCCACUGUCAAGCAGGCCAAGGCAGAGGCUGCCAAACCCAUUGAAAUGAACUGGAAUGUCUGCGUGCCAUAGGUUUAAACACACAGCCUUAUGCACUCCGCGUCAUGUGGAACAUAUUGGGGGAUUAUGUGUGCUGUUGGACAAGAUCAGUCCACCACAAAGACCAAAGCUUUUACUGGGUGUGCUGCGUUAACAUUUAAUAAGGAAUGCUUGAGCUAUUCUUAUUUAAAAAAAAAGAAAAAGCGGUUCCCUCUCCUUGUUUGUGCGAUACAUGUUUUGAAUGACCUAGAAUUACUGGGUUUUUUUUGUUUAUUCGAUGUAAAACACACAAUGUUAGUGCGUGUGUUUGUGAGCAUGUAAUGAGAGUGAGGUUUAAAAAGCUUUUAACGGGGCUCCUGAGUGGUGCAUCCAGUAAAGGCGCUCCGCGUGGAUUGCAGGAUCUAUAGCCUGGACGUCACCGGUUCGAGUCCAGGCUAUUCCACUGCCGACCAUGGACGGGAGCUCCCAGGGGGCGGCGCACAAUUGGCCGAGUGCCACCCGGGGGGCUUAGGUUGGCCAGGGUAUCCUCAGUUCACCGCGCACCAGCGACCCCUGUAGUCUGGCCAGGGUGCCUGCGGGCUUGCCUGUAAGCUGCGCUGUCCUCCGACGUUGUAGCUCUGAGGUGGCUGCAUGGUGGGUCUGCAGUGUGAAAAGAAGCGGUUGGCUGACGGCACACGCUUCGGAGGACAACGUGUGUUCGUCUUCGCCCCUCCCGAGUCUGCGCAGGGGUGGUAGCGGUGAGCUGAACUUAAAAAUAAGUGGGACAUUCUAAAUUGGGAGAAAAUAAUAAAAAGAAUUGGCAACGACUAAAUAAAAAAAAAAAAAAAAGCUUUCAACAUAGUUGUGGCACAAACAAAUGCAUGUUUCACUGGAAAUAAAAUGGCUGUGUACAGAUCAUGAACAUCAGGCUUCCAAUCGUUUAUUUUUGGUGAACUAAACAUUUUCAAAGUUGAAAUAGAAUAACACUGAGGUAGUGUAGCUUGUUGUAAUUCUACUUCUUUAAUAUAUACUAUAAUGUAAGUGCUAGCCCUUGCUCAUGACAUUGAGAAGCUACAUCCAGGCAGACACACGUUACAGCUUCCCCUCAAAGCUCUGCGAGAGAGAGAGAGAGAGAGAGACCGACCUUCAGGAGAUGAGAGAAUGAUGAUUCGGCCUGCUGCACCACCUCAUCUAGCCCCAGGUUAUUCCUACGCUCAGAAUUUGUCAGCUUGUCAGUUUCCAGGCCUAGCCUCCUGGCACUUGCAUUCAGUGUCCUUUUCUAGGCACUCAGUUUAUGGCUUAAGGCCUCACCAGCAUUGUAACAUAAUCAUUGCAUUCAAUAAUUAUCUUAAUAGAUAAGAUCACACGGAACGUAACUGGGCUGUGGCAUUCCACUCAGAGCUAUUUGCUAGUCUGGCUCAGGUUUUUGCAACAAGACUGAGCAGCCACUUGGUUAUUUGAUCAGUUUCUGCACAGCAACCUGGAUGUAUAUAAAAGACACUUCACAAGCUUGGCAUUGUGUUGUCUUGCAUUCAGUCUGAUUCAUGCACACACAAAUCUUUAGUCGCAUGCUUAGCACAGCACUGGAGGGACGAUAGCUGUACAGAGACUAUCUGAAAUGCAUUCAUCUCCUGAGCAAGAAGCGGUCAGUCUGGUUUUUAAUGUCGCUGAAGCAUUUAACAGAGAAAGUAUAUUUUAGCAUUGUGGGUAUUUUUACAAGCUUUACUUGCUUUAUUUUACCGGCCAGAUACAGUAUCCAUAAUACUGAAAAAAUAUUUAAAAAAAUGUAUUCUAUAAGUAGAGUUUAAAAACAAAGUCAUAUAUGGAGUUACAAUAUUUUGAUUCACUUUUUUCUGGCAUUGCUUAUGUACCGUAAAACAUGAUUUUCAAUCUGGGCUAGAGGGGUAUGGUCUCACCAGGGCAUGUUGUAAUGCUUGGGUGCCAUCCCCAAAUUGUGCUUUUGUAAUAGGAUGCAGAGUCAUUACAGCCAGUGAAAAACACUGUAACCAUACCAGGUUAAUAAGCACCUUAUUUUAAAAACAUGUCAAAGUUCAUUCAGAAUUGUGUCUAAACAUUUUCAAAACAGUGUGUGAAAGAUGCGAAGUGGGUAUGGCUUAUUUAAACAUUCCCGAUGUUUUAACAGCUGGGUUGAAUUAAAGCAAUUAAAAUGGGGCUUGUUUUAUAAACUCGCUGUAUACAAUCCUCCAGCAGCACACUGUAUGAUACAAGGCUUCACUAAUCAAAGUGCUUGCUAUUGCUGAAACAGAACCAUCCUCUAAUAGCUUGCUAGUCUUGUAAGUUUAAAUUAUAACAAAAUAUGUAAUGCUUUUAUGUAUUCAACCAAAAUGUGUAUUCAUUUUAGUCCAAAAUUUCUAACCAGUGCUGUAAUCAUGUCUGUUUAUUUUUAAUGCCUUUGUUUUAUGAUUUUAAAAAAAGGGACAAUGAUUUAAAAGGAAAAAAAGCAAGUUAACGCUAUACGACUGAGAUAUUAAGUAUUACUGAAUACGAGUACUGUCUGCAAUGAGUGUUUAUUACAUUGUCCUCGUCUCUCAACCAGCUCAAUAAUGCCAGUUAUUAAACAUUAUGUUCCACUGUUUAAGA